AUGGACUCUGACUCGAUUUCCCAGGACGACGAGACUACGGUUGCCGCAGAGGAUUCGGAGUCGCUUGACGCCUUUGAUCCCCCUGCAAGUAGAUUCGUAACAUCUAUCAGCCAUAUUUCGAGAACAGUCAUUCACAUCUUUCAAUCUCCCAAUAUGCUCUAUGUCACGAUGGAGUGCCGAAUUACCAGAUAUUUUCUCCUUCACGGCCUUUUUGUAAAAUUUCUACUUGCCGGCAGGAUUCUGAGUUCAACCUACAAUGCCAUCACGAUGAUUCUUGGUGCCGAUCUGGGGGAUGUUAUCGCAAUUGUGCUUUUUAUGAUAUGUGCGCGGGUGAUUUCCCGUCACUUCCUUCAAGACUGGAAGGCAGACGUCGGCAUCUCUGAUCUGCUGUUUCCCCGUGUGCAAGAGACUAUUAGAUUUCUAGUUGUUUUGUCCAUCUUGAGUUUCGCAUUCGCCACUUGGCGUCUUUUGUCAUUUCUCGAACUUACCCUUGACUUCUGCUUCUGGGUGCUUGUUUGCAUUACCGUAAUGAUUCUUCACUUGCCUGUCUUGAUUCUUGACAUUUUGCUGUGGUUCAUUGUCAUUUACUUUAUGGGUUCCGUCAUUUGUGAGCUGUUCCCUGGCUUACAAUCUUUUCUGAUUGCAAUGUUGUAUCGCGGUGUCUCUUCUGCGCUCCCUUGA